UAGCAGAAACAAGACCGUCGUCACUCAAAAGUUUUUCUUGCGAUUGUUAUAUAAAUAUAGCGGGCGAGCUAGGAUUCAUAGUAGCAAUCCCAUCUUCUUUCUAAUUAAUAGGGCUUUGUGAUUUGAAAAAGUUCUCUGUUUUCUAGAUUUAGAUAUACACAAAAUCAAAGAAAAUAUGGUUGCUGUGUCUCAAGAAAAUAUGGUUGCUUUGGUUUCUCGCACCGGAAGGCAUUUGCAACGCUACAACAAGCUGGGCCGCCGCCAAGUUGUAGGAUGUAUUCCAUACAGAUACAAGAUUCCAAAGCAAACUUCUUUGGAUGCUGCAGGAGAAUUAGAAGUUCUUGUCAUCAGUUCACAGAAAGGGAAAGGGAUGUUGUUUCCAAAGGGAGGUUGGGAAAAAGAUGAAUCCAAAAAAGAGGCGGCUUUACGAGAGACAUUAGAGGAAGCAGGGGUACGAGGCAUUCUUGAGCGUGAAUUGGGUAAGUGGAGUUUCAAGAGCAAAUCCCAUGAUACUCACUAUGAAGGAUACAUGUUCCCUUUGCUUGUUGAAGAGCAGUUAGAUUUUUGGCCAGAGAAAGACGUCCGCCAAAGAAAAUGGAUGAGUGUGCAAGAAGCGAAAGAAGUUUGUCAAUAUAUAUGGAUGAAGGAAGCCCUAGAGAAAUUUGUUAGUCGCCUCGCAUCUCAACAACAUGCUGCCGAGAAAACAUUGAACAAGUAGUAGUACCAUGUUCGGUAGAGCAUGUCUGGCUUGUAAAUAGGAAAUUGUUGUAGCGAGACCAGAUGAGCAAAGGAGAUGGAGGGUUGGAUCCAAACAGACAAGAAAGAGAGUGACAACUAAUUUAGAAAAGUCAUUGCAGGAGUUGGCAUUUCUGGUUCUUGUUUUGCUUUGUUGGAAUUUCAAUGAUCCAAAAUCUUAGCCAAAAACAAAAACAAUUGAGCUUUCUUAGGAUUAAGCUGGUGGAAAUUACACUACGAAAGUAGCAGAGGAUUAGAAACAUGUUCACAAUAUUUGUAAGCAUGGUUUCUGAUCUGAUCAGUUUUGUUUCAGAAUCCAUCUUCUUAGCUAGCUUGUAAUCGAUCAUAUUAAUGGUAGUUUAUGAAUUCAGAGGUCGGCUUUCUAUGUUA